UGUUGAAUUGGUGGUCAAAAGGGCAUUGUGUGACAAAACCGAUUUCGGGGUGAAAUGGGGCGAAAACUGCAAUAGUGCAUUUGCGGAGCUAUAAAUAUUGAAAUUAGGUGAAAAAGUGGGAAAAAUUAAGAAGCAAUUUGUGGUAAAUAAUUGAGUUUUUCGCUAUUAGCAAAGUGACUUUCUUAAAAUGUCAUUUUUAAGAGGGUGUUUAGUGUUUUUUCGGAUUUUUAUUUUAUUAAACGGUUUCAAAGCUGACAACCAAACAUACAUCUACGCAAAUUGAAACGUAUUGUGCUAGUGUGAAACUGGCUUCAUGUUCGGGUUUCUUCGGAAUUUCGAGGAGCUGGUUUGGGGAGCUGUCUUCACACAAAUUGGACACAUCAAAAUUUUUAAACUUCUAACCUCACAAAUGUAAUUAGUUUUAAGUGAAAAUAAUAGAAAUGUGGCUCCAGUAAAGCAAAAUGAGUGGUAUCGUGGCCGUCCACUGCGGUGCCGGCACCCACAGCAGUUCCCACUACGUACAAUACAAUAAACUAUCAAAAAAAGCUUGUAGAAAAGGCAUUGAGGUGUUGCAAAGCGGCGGAACAGCGUUAGAGGCUGUAAAGGUGGUAAUUGCGGUUUUAGAAAACGAUCCAUUGACAAACUGUGGUUAUGGUUCUAAUCUUACAAAUGAAGGAACUGUUGAGACUGAUGCGUCAAUAAUGGAUGGAAAAACUCUCCUUUAUGGGGGCUGUGGUGCGCUGAAAAAUGUUAAAAACCCGAUAGAGUUGGCUUACGAUAUAUGUGUGAAGCAAGUCGAGCCUUUGCCUUUUGGGUUAAUUCCACCGUCGUUUCUUGUUGGGAGAGGGGCUCUCCAAUUUGCCAGAAGUUCCGGUUUGAAAAUAGUUAGUCAGAAGGCGUUGGUGAGUGCAAAGGCCUUGAAACAGUACAGGAAGUACCAAAAAUUGCUGGACAGUAGAAACAACGAGUUGUUGGAUACUGUGGGGGCUGUGUGUGUUGAUAACAGUGGACAUGUAGCGGCCGGUUGUAGUUCAGGUGGUAUACUUUUAAAGCGUCCUGGCAGAGUCGGCCAAGCCGCCGUUUAUGCAAGUGGAGCCUGGGCUGAUAGUUUCAGUCCAGAAACGGAAAAUUCAGUGGCUGUUUGUACGUCAGGAUGUGGAGAACAUUUAAUGCGAACUCAGCUAGCCAAAGAAAUUGCUGAAGACGUGAAAAGUAGUGCGUGUCCUACUAUAGGUCUUAGCCAGUCGAUAACUGACAAGUUUUUAAAUUCACGAUUUUUGAAAAAUGUUUCUACCAAGCUCUGUGGGGCUUUAGUGUUGCAUAUAGAUAAUAAAACAGGUGAUUCGGCUGUUCUUUGGGCACACACGACCGAGUCGAUGAGCAUUGGUUUUAUGAAAUGUGGUGAUGAAAAUCCAAAGGCUUUAAUUUCCGAAUUACCUACCGGUGUCUCAGUAGGGACGAAGGUAAAUGUCAGUGGCAUAUACAACUACAGGAAAAAAUCUGAAUAAGAGACUGAAUAAUUUUAGGUAUAUUUGUAUAUUUUUACUCAACGCACAAUAAAACAUGACAAAGCUACAA